UUAAUUGUCAACGAAAACAGUCGACGAGGGUCACAACUCUUCGGGCAUUGAGAACAGUAACACCUGUACACAUAAUUAGAAUAGGUCUAGACAGAAGUAGCCUGACAAUCCGUCGAAACUCGUAGUCUUUUCCAGAGCAUCCGUUUUGUUUAUUCAGGUUUCUUGUCGAUAUAUACUUAGUAGAGACUUUUGGUGUAUGUCUAGUUUUAAAAACAUUGUCUAACAUAUAUCCAAUAAUGUUACACAGAAACGUGAAUAUAAGUUUUUUUUUUCUUGUUCAGACUGGGAUCAUCUUGGUCUGCAGGUGCGGUGAAACAGCCAUUUGCGGACCUCAGAGCAGCACAAAGCUUAGCCUACUGAGGAAGGUUCUGUGGAGAGAAAAAAAACACUCACCAUGUCUGCAUGGAAUGGGUCAAAUGCUCACUUUGACCGGGUCAGAGAUGUACCACAUUAUGACCAGGUGCCCAUCGGGUCACUUGCAAGGGACACAGAGCUAGCACUGAGUGCAGACCUCCCACCCCCACCCCUUCCUGCGUACCCUCCAGUUGGAUCUGAGUUCUACCCAAGCGACACAGAGGACAACCACGACGAUGCCAUGGACAUCAAACCUGUCCGUCGCUUCCUCCCCGACUCUGUGAAGAACUUUUUCCGGGGCAGUAAGCGUUGGUCGUCCCGUUCAGCCGCACCAGACAACAACACCACCUCUGGUGGCGUGCCAUGCUCUCCUCCAAACUCCUGCCCCCCUUCUCCAGGUCCCCCCGGCUCAUACCUUGAUCCCUACGGGGGGUCCGGAGGUAGCUACACUUCCCAAAAAGAGCGUGAAGCCAUGUUGUUGGGGGAGCCGGUGGAGUCGGUGUCCGGGGUGUCUGGGCGCUCGGCCAUGACCUACAGCGAGCGCGUGGAGGAGUACCACCAGCGCUACUCCUACAUGAAGUCCUGGGCUGGGCUGCUGCGCAUACUGGCCUGUGUGGAGCUGCUGCUUGGAGCGGCCGUCUUCGCCUGCGUCUGUGCCUACAUACACAAGGACAACGAGUGGUUCAACAUGUUCGGGUACUCCCAGCCCGGAAUGGGGAUCGGGGGUAUGGGUGGUGCCAUGUAUGGGGGUGGGAGCCAGUACACGGGGCCCAAGACUCCCUUUGUCCUUGUGAUCGCUGGCUUGGCCUGGGUGGCGACCAUCAUACUGCUGGUACUGGGCAUGACCAUGUACUACCGCACCAUCCUGCUGGACUCCAGCUGGUGGCCAAUCACAGAGUGUAUCCUCAAUUUUGCGUUGAGCAUGCUGUACAUGUCUGGUGGCGUCGUCUAUGUGAAUGACACUAACCGGGGGGGCCUCUGCUUCUACCAUGUGUUCAACAAUGGCCCCAAUGCAGCCUUUUGCCGCACUGAAGCAGGCCAAACAGCAGCCAUUAUUUUCCUCUUUGUUAACAUGUUGGUGUAUCUGGUGGGUUCUGGUGUUUGCCUGAAGUUAUGGAGGCACGAGGCGGCCCGAAUGCGCCGUGAGGCCUUAGCACAAGAGAUGAAGACGACCGCAUCAGUGCCAUUUGGAUUGACCGGCCCAGGCUCCAGUGUUUCUGAACCAGUGAGGCAAGCUAUGCUGUCAGUUCAGCCUGAUGGCCGAUCACUGUCUCCCGGACCCACACUAGAGCCGGAGAUCAUCCGGGGUCACAUUCCAGCCGGACACAUUCCCAAACCUGUGAUAAUUCCAGAUUAUGUGGCGAAAUACCCCUCUAUUUACUCGGAUGAGGAGCGAGACAACUAUAAGGCAGUGUUCAAUGACCAGUACGCAGAGUACAGGGAGCUACACGCUGAGGUUGAAGUCCUGAUCAAGAAGUUUGAUGAGAUGGACAACAUGAUGCAGAACAUCCGUCCUACCAGCCAAAUGGAGAAGGAGCGUGUCGAUGCCGUUAUUCAAGAGUAUCAGAGGAAAAAAAUGGAUCCCACUUUCUUGGAGAAAAAAGAGAGGUGUGAAUAUCUCAAGAGCAAGCUGGCUCACAUCAAGCAGAAAAUAUAUGAAUAUGAACAACAUGGCCACCGGAACCGAUCGCAGCACACCUUCUCUUACGAAGAGAAGCUCCUGCACUUUUACCGCUGGACUUCCCCACCUGGUGUGAUGAAGAUCAUCUCCAUCAUCAUCAUCAUUAUGUGUGUGGCUGUGUUUGCCUGUGUGGCCUCCACACUGGUCUGGGACUAUGACAUGUCUGCCAUGGGCAUGGGAGGCCUUGGAACAGGGUUGGGAGGUGGUGGGAUGUAUGGCGGGGGCUAUGGAGGAAGCUAUGGUGGGGGAGGCACUUAUGGUGGGGGUUCUUUUGGUGGGGGAUCAGGCACAGGAGGCUAUGGCUAUGGUGGGAGUGGGUACAUGGAUCCCAAAUCAGGCAAGGGCUUCAUCAUUGCGAUAGCAGCCAUCACCUUCAUCGCUGUGCUCAUCAUCCUCAUCCUGGUGGUGUCACGCCAGAGCACCUCACAAUCACCCAAAUUUUACUUGGCGUCCACCAUCAUUUCGGCCAUCCUGGCUCUUUUGAUGCUCAUUGCCACUAUUGUCUACAUGGUGGCUGUUAACCCACAGGCCCAGACGUCAGGGUCUAUAAUGUACAGCCAGAUCCAAAUGAUGUGUUCCCAGUUCCAAAACCAACAGCAGGCCUCGGGCAUCUUCAUCAACCAGUACCUGUAUCACUAUUGUGUGGUGGAGCCACAGGAGGCCGUUGGUAUUGUUCUUGGCUUUCUCAUUGUCGUGGGCCUCAUCAUCCUGCUGGUAUUUGCGGUGAAGACUCGCGGGCAGAUCCGCAGAUAUGGCAGGGACCGCGUCCUGUGGGAGGAGGUCAAGAUGCUCCGAGAUGCGGGACCCAAGAGUGUUGGGGAGUGGGUGACGAGUGUAUCGGGUGAACCAAACGCUCUGGUGAAUGACUACAAUGACCAAGUUGGUGGUUCUAUAAACUACCUGGAUGAAGGCAUGGAUAAGGAGAGACCCAUAUACCUCCCAGGGAGCUCUGACAUUACAAGCUCCUUGGGUGGCCUGAAGAGCAAGCGGAAGGGCAGUGACAUGGGAACAGAAUCUGCGGAUGAACUGGAUGACCUUGACUUGGACAGUGAGUUCCCUCCUAUUGUCACUGAGGAGCAGAGGCUGGACUAUAAGCGUGCGUUUGAUAGGGACCACAUGGAGUACAAGCGGAUUCAAGCGGAGAUCGAUGAUGUUAACCUGGGAGUGACCGAGGUGGACAGAGAGCUGGACAGACUGCAGGAGGGUAGCCCACAAUUCCUGGAUGCCAUGGAUGAAUACAACAGACUGAAGACCCUAAAGAAGUCAUCAGAAUACCAAAUGAAGAAGAUGAGGAGCAAGUACCUGAAGGCUAAGAUGUCCCACUUGAAGAAGAGGGUCAAUCAGUAUGAUCACAGACCAUGAAGACUUCUGACCUUUCACCUUUCACUUGUUGUCUAUGCCUGUUCUGUGCUCAGGUCUUUUAGUAUUUCUGUGUGUUUUUUUUUUUUUUUUUUAGAUUAGGA